AGCAGGGAGGAGGGGAAAUGGACGAGUGAGGAGGGAUGCGCUCGGCGCGCUACGCAGGCCGAGAAGGAGCCGACCGAGUCGGUUUCAAAUGCCGCCGGCAUCGCUUCGAUCGCCCGUGCAACCGACGCGAGCUGCUCUAGCGGAGCCAACCCGAAAUGGCAGGGAACAGAGACACAAAAAAAACGCUGCGGGACGCCCCAUACCGCGGGAGGCGAGGAGUCGGGGGAGGAUGCCGAUGCCGAAGACAAAACGCAUCCAAUGUUUAAAUGUCUACGUACCAUGUGCAUGGGCGGCCAUUAUCAUGUGCAAGCUGGGUAUGGGGCGCCACGAGUGCUCGCCGCGCGAACCCGACUGUAG